GAUCAUUAAAAGAUAGACUGGCACUCACAUCUAAAGACACCGGAAGACCAACACUCACGCUGCAGACGGCCAGGAAAUGGGAGAUUACAAACUUCUGCCCAGUUUCCUCCUUGUAGCACUGUACUUGUGCAAUCCAAGCACAGUGAUGACAACAACAACAGAGAUGACGACAACAACUCCAGAGAUGACGACAACAACUCCAAUCAUGACGACAACUACUACAGAGAUGACGACAACAACUCCAAUCAUGACGACAACUACUCCAGAGAUGACGACAACAACUCCAGAGAUGACGACAACAACUCCAAUCAUGACGACAACUACUCCAGAGAUGACGACAACAACUCCAGAGAUGACGACAACAACUCCAGAGAUGACGACAACAACUACAGAGAUGACAACUACUACAGAGAUGACGACAACAACUCCAAUCAUGACGACAACUACUACAGAGAUGACGACAACAACUCCAGAGAUGACUACAACAACUCCAGAGAUGACGACAACAACUCCAAUCAUGACAACAACUACUACAGAGAUGACGACAACUACUACAGAGAUGACGACAACAACUCCAGAGAUGACGACAACAACUCCAGAGAUGACGACAACAACUCCAGAGAUGACGACAACUACUACAGAGAUGACGACAACAACUCCAGAGAUGACGACAACUACUACAGAGAUGACGACAACAACUCCAGAGAUGACGACAACAACUCCAGAGAUGACGACAACUACUACAGAGAUGACGACAACAACUCCAGAGAUGACGACAACUACUACAGAGAUGACGACAACAACUCCAGAGAUGACGACAACAACUACAGAGAUGACGACAACAACUCCAGAGAUGACGACAACAACUCCAGAGAUGACGACAACAACUCCAGAGAUGACGACAACAACUACAGAGAUGACAACUACUACAGAGAUGACGACAACUACUACAGAGAUGACGACAACAACUCCAGAGAUGACGACAACAACUACAGAGAUGACGACAACAACUCCAGAGAUGACGACAACUACUACAGAGAUGACGACAACAACUACAGAGAUGACGACAACUACUACAGAGAUGACGACAACAACUCCAGAGAUGACGACAACAACUCCAGAGAUGACGACAACUACUACAGAGAUGACGACAACAACUCCAGAGAUGACGACAACUACUACAGAGAUGACGACAACAACUCCAAUCAUGACGACAACAACUACAGAGAUGACGACAACAACUCCAAUCAUGACAACUACUACAGAGAUGACGACAACAACUCCAAUCAUGACGACAACUACAGAGAUGACGACAACAACUCCAAUCAUGACGACAACUACUACAGAGAUGACGACAACUACAGAGAUGACGACAACAACUACAGAGAUGACGACAACUCCAAUCAUGACGACAACUACUACAGAGAUGACGACAACAACUCCAAUCAUGACGACAACUACUCCAGAGAUGACGACAACUACUCCAAUCAUGACGACAACUACUACAGAGAUGACGACAACAACUCCAGAGAUGACUACAACAACUCCAGAGAUGACGACAACAACUCCAAUCAUGACAACAACUACUACAGAGAUGACGACAACAACUCCAGAGAUGACGACAACAACUCCAGAGAUGACGACAACAACUCCAGAGAUGACGACAACUACUACAGAGAUGACGACAACAACUCCAGAGAUGACGACAACUACUACAGAGAUGACGACAACAACUCCAGAGAUGACGACAACAACUACAGAGAUGACGACAACAACUCCAGAGAUGACGACAACAACUACAGAGAUGACGACAACAACUCCAGAGAUGACGACAACAACUCCAGAGAUGACGACAACAACUACAGAGAUGACAACUACUACAGAGAUGACGACAACUACUACAGAGAUGACGACAACAACUCCAGAGAUGACGACAACAACUACAGAGAUGACGACAACAACUCCAGAGAUGACGACAACUACUACAGAGAUGACGACAACAACUCCAGAGAUGACGACAACUACUACAGAGAUGACGACAACAACUCCAAUCAUGACGACAACAACUACAGAGAUGACGACAACAACUCCAAUCAUGACAACUACUACAGAGAUGACGACAACAACUCCAAUCAUGACGACAACUACAGAGAUGACGACAACAACUCCAAUCAUGACGACAACUACUACAGAGAUGACGACAACUACAGAGAUGACGACAACAACUACAGAGAUGACGACAACUCCAAUCAUGACGACAACUACUACAGAGAUGACGACAACAACUCCAAUCAUGACGACAACUACUCCAGAGAUGACGACAACUACUCCAAUCAUGACGACAACUACUACAGAGAUGACGACAACAACUACAGAGAUGACGACAACAACUACAGAGAUGACGACAACUCCAAUCAUGACGACAACUACUACAGAGAUGACGACAACUACUACAGAGAUGACGACAACAACUCCAAUCAUGACCACAACUACUCCAGAGAUGACGACAACAACUCCAGAGAUGACGACAACAACUACAGAGAUGACGACAACAACUCCAAUCAUGACGACAACAACUCCAAUCAUGACGACAACAACUCCAAUCAUGACGACAACUACAGAGAUGACGACAACUACAGAGAUGACGACCACAACUCCAGAGAUGACGACAACAACUACAGAGAUGACGACAACAACUCCAAUCAUGACGACAACAACUACAGAGAUGACGACAACAACUCCAAUCAUGACGACAACUACUACAGAGAUGACGACAACAACUCCAAUCAUGACGACAACUACUACAGAGAUGACGACAACAACUCCAAUCAUGACGACAACUACUACAGAGAUGACGACAACAACUCCAAUCAUGACGACAACUACUACAGAGAUGACGACAACUACAGAGAUGACGACAACAACUCCAAUCAUGACGACAACAACUACAGAGAUGACGACAACUCCAAUCAUGACGACAACUACUACAGAGAUGACGACAACAACUCCAAUCAUGACGACAACUACUACAGAGAUGACGACAACAACUCCAAUCAUGACAACUACUACAGAGAUGACGACAACAACUCCAGAGACGACGACAACAACUACAGAGAUGACGACAACAACUCCAAUCAUGACGACAACUACUACAGAGAUGACGACAACAACUCCAAUCAUGACGACAACUACUACAGAGAUGACGACAACAACUCCAGAGAUGACGACAACAACUACAGAGAUGACGACAACAACUCCAAUCAUGACGACAACUACUACAGAGAUGACAACAACUCCAGAGACGACGACAACAACUACAGAGACGACGACAACUACUACAGAGAUGACGACAACAACUCCAAUCAUGACAACAACUACAGAGAUGACGACAACAACUCCAAUCAUGACGACAACAACUACAGAGAUGACAACAACUCCAAUCAUGACGACAACUACUACAGAGAUGACGACAACAACUCCAAUCAUGACGACAACUACUACAGAGAUGACGACAACAACUCCAAUCAUGACGACAACUACUACAGAGAUGACGACAACAACUCCAAUCAUGACGACAACUACUACAGAGAUGACGACAACUACAGAGAUGACGACAACAACUCCAAUCAUGACGACAACAACUACAGAGAUGACGACAACUCCAAUCAUGACGACAACUACUACAGAGAUGACGACAACAACUCCAAUCAUGACAACUACUACAGAGAUGACGACAACAACUCCAGAGACGACGACAACAACUACAGAGAUGACGACAACAACUCCAAUCAUGACGACAACUACUACAGAGAUGACGACAACAACUCCAGUCAUGACGACAACAACUCCAAUCAUGACAACUACUACAGAGAUGACGACAACAACUCCAAUCAUGACGACAACUACUACAGAGAUGACGACAACAACUCCAAUCAUGACGACAACUACUACAGAGAUGACGACAACAACUCCAGAGACGACGACAACAACUACAGAGAUGACGACAACAACUCCAAUCAUGACGACAACUACUACAGAGAUGACGACAACAACUCCAAUCAUGACAACAACUACAGAGAUGACGACAACAACUCCAAUCAUGACAACAACUACUACAGAGAUGACGACAACAACUCCAGAGACGACGACAACAACUACAGAGAUGACGACAACAACUCCAGAGACGACGACAACUACUACAGAGAUGACGACAACUACUCCCCCACCUAUAGAGAGAGACACAACUGUUGAAACUCUUCAGACUCCUGUUAACAGUGAUGGUUGUGGGACCACUGAGUUCUGUGCGAGGGAACCAUCCAGUUGUAAUCCUGCAGAUCCCGCCUCAUGCUUUUACGCUGGAGCAAGAAGAGAAGGUGGUCGUAACUUUCGAAUUAACCUGUCUGGAGAUUCUGACGGGUAUAUUGGCUGCGCUCUACGACCUUCAAGUGGGGGAAAUGAAGUUAUAUACAUCUGCGCUAAUAACAGAGGCAACCUUAGGAUGCUCACAGGUGAUAUAACGCCAAAUGGAAUAGUCUUAAAUGAGCUGUCUGUCGGUCGUGUGCGAGGUAGAAUAAAUGGAAGACGGAUUCAAUGCGCCUUUUCUGCCACUCUCCUUGAUUCUACGGCCACAAGAGCCAAAAGAGGAGCCGAUACCACAUACGGCUUUUCUGUUGUAAAUGGAACAUACGAUCCUGAUACAAACCAAGUUGGUCUGCAGAACAGAAGGGUCAGGGCAGAGGAUGUGGAUAUUUCACAACCUUCUCAAAACGUCAACAACUUAGUCACGACCCCCCUCCCCAUGACGACUACUCCUCCCCCAACGAUGACUCCCACUGUCACCACAACCACCACCACCACCGUCAGCACUACAGGUGCUGCCACCUCCACACAGCGCUCAGUGUGCACAGGUCUGGUGAUCGUUUUGGGCAUCUUGAGUUCACUGUGGCUUUGAUGGACCAAAAACCUCCUCCUCACCUCUAGUCAUAAAUACAUAAAGUAUGCAUAUUUUUUUCUUGCCACAUAAAUAUGAAGGAGAUGGGCAAUAGGGAACAUAUUUUAGACCCUACAACUUACAAAUGUGAACAAAUUAAAUUAUUUAAUAGGAAUCUUACAUUUUACGAAAAAAAAAAACAAAACAUAGAUGGUUGCUUGUUAUUUCCAUAGAAUGUUUAUGUAAAUGGACAAAGCUAAGCUGUAAAUAGAAAGUGAUCAUGGGUGCACUUCCUGCUCCAUCAACUCUGCUCCAGUUCACUUUCUGUGUAUAAACUGUGUCCUCUCUCUGUCUCUGCUGCUUCAGACUCAUUCUGGUCUUAAAUGUUCGUAUUAACCCUCUACAUGAUCCUGGGGUUUUUAUUUCACUAUUGUGUCUGUAAAUCAAGAUAUGAACAUUAAUAACAGACAAAUCAGGCGCUUUCUUUCCCUGAGGUUGCUUACCUUCAACAGCCUCACUCAAGGUCAGAAUUCCUGAUAUGCAACUGGACUCCAAAUUAGCCGCUAUACCUGCUCAAGCCUCAAUGAGCUUCAUUUGGAGCCGAACGCUGUGGUGACGUCACACUCAGUCACUUCUUUAUACAUGCAGUCUAUGGUUAUUCUACAGCACAUGACAAACUCAAGGCCCAAUGCCACGUCAUUUUAUGUGGCCCACGACAAAGUAAAUUAAAAGGUCUGACUGUCAAAAUAUCAGUUUCAGGAGAUACAGUUACACAGACAUUUUUUCAUAUCUAUGCAAAUCCAUAUGCAAUAUUUGUAACUUGAAUAAGUAAUAAACAUAGAAAUAGUUUAUUAACAAGGGUAAAAAGUAGUUGCAUUUAUUUUACAUGACAUUUGGUUACAUUUAUCUUACAGUUACAUCUGGCCCUUUGACAGCAACCAAUGUGUUGAUGUGAAAAUGUGUUUUACGCCCUGUUCUACAGUUUGUCACACAAAGCUAUUUAUUUUGCACAUGCAUUUUCAUUACAUUGCUUUUUUGACAGUGAAAUGACGCCCAUGGUAUAUUUAUAUUUUUGUUCACCUAUGAAUGAUGAAGUAUUUUUAUGAAGCCUUGUCUGGCUGAUGAUACAGAAAAUACAGAUUAAUAUGUAAACUAUUUCUUGUUUCAACUGAACUUCCUUCGUGAUCAAUAAAGUAUCUAUGUAUCCAGCU